GUUUUCGAUUUAAACAAGAGAACGUACGGACGGUGUUCAAUGUGAGUGAGCAUCGUGUUGAGUUUAAACCAGCUUGGUUUUCGAAGAUGAAGUAUGUUCGGGUUCUUCAGCUGGGUAGGUGGGAGAGCUCUGCCAAGCAUUUGAUUGAAGUUGAGGACAGCGAGUUCUUAAAAGGGUUGAAGAAGUUGAAGUUUCUUAGGCACCUCAGUCUCAGAGGAGUCUCUAGGAUUACAGAGAUUCCUAAUUCGAUCUUCAAACUCGAGAAUUUGAGGAUCUUGAAUCUUAAUGGCUGUAAUGAAUUUUAGAAACUCCCUGACGGAAUAGGCUCGCUUAAGAAGCUGACUCACCUAGACAUGUACGAGUGUUACUUGAUUAGCCUUAUGCCCAAGGGACUAGCUUCUCUAUCCGAACUCAGAGUCCUAAAAGGCUUCGUUAUCGGUAAGCAAAUACCCGGAGGCCAGUACUGUAAGCUGGAGGAUUUGAUCGAGUUAGAACAUUUGGAGAAGUUGAGUAUCCUUGUGGAUAAAAAUUCACCCACGGCCAUGAGAGAGCUCAACUCUUUGGCAAACUUUGGAAAGCUCAAGUCUUUAUCAAUAUCAUGGUCAAGAAUAUAUAAUUCGGCCAACCCUCAAAGGGGUUUGCGUAGAAGGCUUAGCACUCUCAGCAAAGUGUGGAAUUCACAUUUUGAAGAGGCUGCAGCUUCGACUAUUCCCAAAACAGUGGAGAAAUUUAGCCUCCUUUAUUUCCCCGUUUCUAAUAUAUUUGAGUGGUUUUCACUUGGGGAACGGCAGAACUUAAGGAAGCUUUGUGUCAGGGGAGGAGAACUUUCUAAUUUGAAGGAUCAAAAAUGUUGCUGGGAGACCGUUGAAUAUUUGCGUCUCAAGUUUUUGAGUAAACUGAAGAUGGAUUGGCGAGAAAUGAAGCAAGUGUUUCCAAAACUAACUUACAUGGAGAAAAUCAAGUGUCCUCAACUCAGUUUCUUCCCUUGUGAUGAGAAUGGAAUCUGGAAGAGUGAAGCAUCACAACAGGACAAUUGAUCUUUGUUUAUCUAUUUCCUUUUUUAAGUUUUAUUCUAUCUCUCUCUUUUUGUACCAUGCUCUGCUUGUAAAAGAUCGUUAUGAAAUACAUUGAUAAUUUAGUAUCCUGAUUAUUGUGCCUCAAAGUCU